GUUGUUGAAACGGUGCUAUCCCCAGAAUCACACGAUUCUGGCGUGGUAUUCGAGAAUCAGUAUAGUAAACCGUUACGAGUGAAUCCACCACCUCCAGUGAAUGAAGAGGAGCCGAAGCAGUUACCUCCGGGCUGGGAAAAGCACCAAGAUCCAUCAGGGUUCUCUUACUACUGGCAUGUGGAUAGCGGAACAAUUCAACGUGAACCACCAGUGCGUUAUUGA